AUGAACCUUCAAAAUAAGAACAGAAGAAAAUCACAAUUUGUUUUAUUUUAUGGUAUUAUCAUAUGACAGUUUUUUUUCUGAUCUUGAGAUCUAUGUCUCCCACUGCCUAUGGGGUCUCUUGGAGUUCCACAGUCAUCUUGGCCCCAAUCAGACACUGUUUCUCUCCUGUUUAAGAUCUUUCCAUGGAUUCUCAUCACCUGCAAAAUAAAAUUGAAGCUCCUAGGCUUCGUUCAUAAACCCCUCUGUGAGCUGGUCCCAGCAUACCUUUCUGCCCGUAAUGAUCAUUUCCUUCCCUUUGGAAUACUCAAUCACUAAUAAUUCUCUCUCAUGUUACAUUUGCAUCGCUGGGCUUUGUCUCAUUACAUGAAACUCAGGUUCCAUCUUUGUUGUCUGGCAAAAUUACUUACUCAGGCCUCUGGUUGGGCAUCCCCUGCAGGGAACAAAACCUUCGCUAACCCCACCACUGUCCUAAACAUCCUUCGUCUGACCUCUCACAGUGCUCUAUGAGUUCCUCUUUCUUUUUCACUUUUCAUUUUAUAUUUAAAUGAUGUUUAUUUGUCCAUUUCUCACAUUAACAAUCUAAGCUGGGAGAGGCUAGAUCACAUCAUAGUUACCUUUGUAUCCCUAGAGCUUAGGUCAAUACCUGGCAUAGAACAUUGUUUUCUUAUUUAAAUGAAUUGACUUUCUUCUGGUUGGUUUUGUGCGGAGGCCCUGUCACUAACCUCGGUCUGUUAUCUCAGAAGUUGAAGGUCCCCCUAGAGCCAGCUGCAAGGUUCCCAAAGCUCUAAGAACACCACAGCCCAUGAAGUACAGAGUAGGCUGCCCUGAGUCCGUGUCCCAAAACACAAAGUCCAGGGGUUGGAUCAGGAGCAGAAGAAGAAUGGAAGCGACACCACCCAGGUGCCUGUUUCUGUUAUUUCUCUUCACGUGCAAGCUGUCCCCAGAUGUUGCUGCAGAAAUUCAAGAAUCCUCAGAUGGCUCCAGUGCUCCCCAGGAACCUGUGCGGCUCACGGGUGUCCCAGCUGCCAUGGAAUUCAUUGCUGCUGCUGAGGUGGCUGUCAUAGGCUUCUUCCAGGAUUUAGAAAUACCAGCAGUGCCCGUAUUCCAUGGUGUGGUGCAAAAAUUCCAAGACGUAUCAUUUGGAAUCAGCACUGAUUCUGAGGUUCUGGCUCACUACAACAUCACUGAGAACACCAUUGCUCUCUUUCGUCUGGUGGAUAAUGAACAACUGAAUUUAGAGAGUGAAGACAUUGAAAACAUUGAUGACACCAGAUUAAGCCGUUUUAUUGAGAUCAACAGUCUCCACUUUGUGACAGAGUACAAUCCUGCGACUGUGAUUGGCCUAUUUAAUAGCAUGGUUCAGAUUCAUCUUCUCCUGAUGAUGGACAAGGCCUCCCCAGAGUAUGAAGAAAGCUUGCACAGAUACCACAAGGCAGCUAAGCUCUUCCAGGGGAAGAUACUUUUUAUUCUGGUGGACAGUGGUGUGAAAGAAAAUGGGAAGGUGAUAUCAUUUUUCAAACUAAAGAAAUCUGAACUGCCCGCUUUGGCAAUUUACCGGACUCUAGAUGAGGAGUGGGAUACACUUCACGUGACAGAAGUUUCAAUAGAGCGCGUGCAAAACUUUUGUGAUGGAUUCCUAAAAGGGAAAAGGCUGGUAAGUGUGAGGCUACAGGGAAGGCAAGUUGAAUGUUCUUCCUUUCUAUGUCUCUAUUAUUCCUAUUGAAUAAAAACUCUUGGGGCUCCACUGGAUUUGAUUAAGAGCAAAGGCAUAUGAGGACACAGUAGACAGAGUUUGGAUGCUUUUUAGGAGAGAGUCGUGGAGAUAGAACUGCAAAAGCGUUUUGGGAAAGGUCUUGCCUAUUCAAAAGAGCUGAAUUCUGUGUUUCACCAUUCUGUGUAAAAUAUCAAUAGGAAACAAAUUCCAUAGAAAGAGUUCAUAAGACAAAAACUGCAGGUAGAUUUAGGACUUCCAGGGGUGGACUCCAAAUCUAAAUAUCAUGUCUUGGCAUUUUUCAGAGUGAAAAUCAUGACUCAGAAGAAAAGACUCAAAAGGUGGAACUCUAAUUUUUCCCCAAUACUUCCGCAUACCAACAAGCAUCUACUUCAUGCUGAAUGAAGAGGGGCAACUCAAACCUCAGGGACACUAAACAACAAAAUCACCAGGCCCUAUACACACACACACACACACACACACACACACACACACACACACACCUCUAUUUUUUUCCCUAAAAUCUCAUUUAUUCUCCUUGUCCUUUCUUUUAAUUUGCCUAUAUUCUCUCACUACCCAUGCAAUUUUCUCUUAUGCAUUCAUACCAUGUAGACCCAAACGCUGUAGUACCACUAUGAUACCACUGGGUGGAGGCUUUAAGAGGAAUACAUACUGUGACACUAGCAUGAAGAGACAUGGCUCAAAGGAAAUUGCCCUGAUUUGUCAUUUAAUAUUGAACUUGGACACUGCACAUGACCUACACACAACAUAGUUUCUUCUCUAUAAGGGUUGAAACUCUACUUUCCUCAUAAGCACCUGUGCUCCUGGGCCCAAGAACAAAAGGGUUUUACACACCUUUGUGGAACUGUCUUUUUGCCAGAAGUCAAAUGGUGUUCCCAAGGUUCUGAACUCAGCAGAAACAGACCAUGUAGAACUCUUUGCUUGUUUUGUGUUCCCAACGCCCCAUGUAAAUCAACAACUGCAUAAUAAAUAAAAGGCAAUGAUGUUA